UGCUAUAAAUAAGAGCAGGGAUUCAGGGCAGAAGGGCUCUUGAGUUGUCUGGAGCUUGGAGUACUCUGUUGUGUUGGGCGUGAGCCUAAUAAGACACACUCUCCCACUCUCACUCUCACACACUGCCAAUCUCACCUUUCCCUCACUUGCCGUUUCAAAAUUCCAUUCUCUCCCAUGGAUUCUUUCAACCUCUUCUCCGCCAUCACCAAAACCCUUCGCAUUCUCGAGCUCUGCCUCGCCCUCCUCCUCCUCUCCUGGCUCCUCCCUCGCCUCCCUUCCGCUCUCUCCUUCCUCCGCCGUUUCUCUCUCUUCAUCGCCAGCCCUCCCUUCGUCUUCUUCCUCUCCAACGCCAUCAUCGCUGCUCUCCUCGCCAAAUCCCGCCGAUUCUCCCACCACGACGCCGUUUCCUACGCCCAUCCUCAAAUCUGCCUCGACUUCCCCAACGACGGCUCGCAUCGUACAGCUCCUGCACCCGAAGCCGAUCCUCUGUUGCCUGUCGCCGAGGGGGAGGUGGUGUAUCAGGACAAAGAGAUUGUCUCCGAGACGAAUUCCACAGAUCGUACCUUUCAGAAAAAAGCUGACAUCCACGCCAGUAAGGAUACGGUUUCAGAAGCAGGACUGGAUUCUGAUUUUCCCAAGGUUUAUCGGAGGACUCAGUCGGAAAAGUUGAAGGAGGAGAGUCCGGAGCAGAUGCAACAGAAACUCCGGCGAUUGGAGACGGAGAAUCGGAGGCAAAGCAUGUAUCCUCAAGAUAAGCUGAGCAAUGAGGAGUUCCAGCGCACGAUUGAGGCGUUCAUUGCGAAGCAAAUGAGAUUCCUGAGGGAAGAAUCCCUGGCCAUUGUUAUUCAGAACCAGAGCUAAAUAGUUCGCUGAUCAGUUAGUGAUAGAAACUAGAAACUGAAAAUGAGAAUGGGAAGUUCAAAAUCUGGAUAUCUAGUGUACUUGCUUUCCCUUUUCCUUUAGCUCUCUUGCUGGGGUAAGACAGACAAUUACUCCUUGGUCUUAAUGCCUUCCACCUAUUCCCACUGCAUCGUACAGUGUUAAUUUUCUCGAUCUUAUUGAAUACCGAAAUUAAAUAUAAAUAAUUCUAUUCA